ACGUGUCACGGCACCUCCUGCACUGCACUUCGGUGCUUAUUUUUUUUUAACCCGGGAGGGGAUUUCAAGGUUUGUCUAGACUGGCUUCACCGACAGAAUAUACUAUGGGAUCCAGCAAGGGUCUCGCAUCGCAGGGUCAGCAUAACAUUUUGCCGUUGUUUCUCGAGGCUCAAUUUUAUCGUUUCGAUUGAUUGUCCCUGCAGUUCGGAGACCAGAGUUGGCAAGGUGAGCGCAGGACCUGACGAUGGAAUUGGUACAAGGUGGAUGAGCCUCCUGUUGUUGUUGUUGUCACUUUUGAUCUCGAUAUUAAAAAACAGGAACGCGGAGGAGGCUAUGGCGACAAAGCAGAGUGGUGGUGCUCGGCUUAGCCCCCCGGUCUCCACAGAGCUAUCGUUGAGGUCGGAGGAGGACCGGAACUUGCUUCUGGAUUCAUCUUCUAGCAAGGAGAUUGUUGAACAGGAGUUGCCAGUGGCUUGGUAUAAACAAUGUCAACAUGGGAGGUGGCACUCUUACGCAGGUGCAGCUUUCUGCUUGGUUGUAGCACUGGUCAUUUGUGUGCCAUUCUUGAGCUAUGAGGUUUUUAGUAGAUGGGCAUCGCGAGGUUUGCAUCCUUGGGGUACAUCUCGCCCGCUGCAGAAGCUGGACAAGCCGGUUGUGAUUCUCGUCUCCUCGGAUGGGUUUAGGUUUGGGUAUAACUGGAAGGCGGCCACGCCAAACAUCGAUAGGUUGAGGAUGGAAGGGACCGAAGCUGACCCGGGGAUGAUUCCUGUCUUCCCAUCGAAGACAUUUCCGAAUCACUAUAGUAUUGCUACGGGGCUGUACCCCGCGUACCAUGGCAUUGUAGGGAACUACUUCCGAGAUCCUAAUCCUGGGAGCAAUGACACGUUCAAACCUGGCGAAUUGGACCCGAAGUGGUGGUUGGGAGAGCCGAUCUGGGAGACGGUGGUGAAUCAGGGAUUGCAAGCUGCGACCUACUUCUGGCCGGGAUCGCAGGUUAAGAAGGGGAAUUGGACGUGCGAAUCGAGGUUUUGCCAGGAUUACAACAGCUCGGUUCCUUACGAAGACCGCGUGGACACUGUACUAGGGUAUCUGGACUUACCUUCACGUGAGCGGCCGAGCCUCAUUACGCUGUACUUCGAAUCUCCAGAUGAGCCGGGGCAUGAAACUGGCCCGGACGCGCCGCAAAUCACAGCUGCUGUAGUGCGCAUCGAUACUAUGAUAGGGCGGCUUCUUGCAGGACUGGAGAAGAGGGGACUGGACAAAGAUGUCACCAUAAUCCUAGUUGGGGACCACGGAAUGGUUGGGAAAUCCGAGGACAAGAUGAUUUAUUUGGAAGAUCUUGCCUCCGAGGUUCUGAUUCCUCGAGAGUGGGUUAUGGAUUACACCCCUGUGCUGCACAUUCGACCGCCGCCUAACCUUGACGUCACAACCAUUCACAGCAGCAUGGCACGCGCGCUCACGUCAUCCAACAUGAACAACGCCGAGUUCUUAGAGAUCUACUUAAAAGAGCAAUUGCCGCCCCGGUUGCACUACUCGCACAGCCCCCGCAUUGCUCCCAUUGUGGGUUUGGUGGCAGAAGGCUACACCCUCGCCUACGCUCGAACUGACAAGCCCAUCACCUGCGGAGGUGAACACGGCUACGACAACGUACUACUCUCUAUGCGAACAAUCUUCAUAGCCCGUGGCCCUCAGUUUGCGCAAGGGAGGCGAAUUCCAUCCUUCGAGAAUGUGGAGCUGUACGAGAUCAUGGCUAACAUCCUCGGCCUCACUCCGGCGCCCAACAACGCCAGCCUCAAUUUUGCUGCGUCUGUUCUUCUUCCCCUCCGCUCAUAGCACUCCCAAUUCUUUGUACCUGAUCUUUGCUACCUUUGGUCUGUCUGUCCAUCCCUUGUCCAAAAUCCGACCUUUGGUACUGAACUUGCGGUGACGCUUUCCGUAAGUCUCAGAUGGUUGAUUCCGGAAGCUGGAGCAUAUGGUAUUAUAUCUUAUUAUUGUGCUCCGCAUUUCAGAGCUACAUAGUUAGUUGUACUAAGAUUGCGAUUCAUUGGUAGCGUUAGUGCAGUAGUGUCUGAGUUCCGGUAGUGGUUCUGUCAAAUUUUGGUUGCAAAUGCUCGGCAUUGUCGAAUCCUAGUGCUUGAAAUUGAGGAUCCUAAUGCACUGAUGUGAUGGGAUUUAGUAUCUUAUUGCCGUUUAUGUUGGUAGUUGGUGAUGAUCUUGGUAUCUACAGUUUGAAUUCAGGCUUUGUAUGGAAUUGCUGCAAAAACAACACCUAAGUUUUGUUCACUGCUCAUUGAAUUCCUAAAGAAAGAUUUGUUAUUC